UAUCGAACACAACGGUUCCAUAUUCUUUGCUCAGCUCCGCUAAGCUAAGGAAAAUCAAAAUCAAAGAAAAUAUUAAACAAAACUGUAUUAAAAAAUAUAGCAAAGAAAAACAUAGAAUUUAUUGCAAAUUCCAAAGCAAAAAAGUGACUAAAGAAAUAAUUAUCAUCAACAAAUACUUUUCAGAAAAAGUGCAAGUGCAAAGUGAGUUUUGCAAGUAAAGAAAAUUGAGAAAAGUGCAUAAAAAUUUUCCACAAAUAAAGUGGUUGGUUAAAGCAUUACCAAAAAAAGAAAACAGUGAAUUUUAAAGCAUUUUAUUUGGAUUACUGAACCAUCAGCAUUUGGAUAUAGCUCUAUUAAUAAGCACAACAAUUUUUGGUGGAGAACAAAUACACAAACAAAAUGGAUAUCGCAUUAUUGCCUUCACCGCCAGCAACACCGCCGCUCUGCGAAAAACAAAUUGAAGCUGAUGAAAAACCAUCAGCCCAGGAUUUGCGUGAGGAGAUGCUCAAAGCGAAGCUGCAGUUACAGCUCGGCCAACAACAACAAAAGAAACAACAGCAAAUAAUCACACCAAAUCCAUCGGACACAGAAGACGAUGCUGAAACGCCGCCUUGCAAGAAGCAGCGCCUAGAGUUGCCACAGCCUAUUGCCGCACUCACACCACCACCAGAAACACAGAAGCACGUGCAACCUCCAGAGCAACAACAAUCACAACGCGUUAGUGUUAUCAUGCAUGUGAACAGCUCUGGCAUUUGCUCCGCCAUUGACGAUAGUUCGUGCUCUUCGACCAUUUCCAGCGCUUCAACAGUGUCCACCACAACCACCACCAGCGGCAUUUCCGCCUCACCGGCACCACUGCUAACGUCCGAUGAUGAUUGUAGUCAAACAAAUGUGUGGCGUAGCUUGAAAUUCAAAAUGAAUCGCACACAUGCGCGUAACGGCAAUUUUUCUGCGCCAACUUCCAUGCAUCAGCAGCAGCAACAGCAAGAGCAACCAGAAACAGAGUUAAAAUCUCAACAGCAUUUGGAUCAACCACAAUUCCGUUUCACUUUGCCAGCUGUUACAACAACAGCCACGUCAACACAGCAGCAGCAACAGCAAUUAUUCAACACCUCACCGCCACAGUAUCAAGUAAUUGCACCAAAAAGUAUUUACGUUACACCCGCAGUGGCAGCGAUCUCCGCCUCAACAAAUGUCAACGGCGCAGACGCCACCACAGUAAUUCCAGCUCAAUUGUUAGUGUUAAAUGCCAGCAGCAAUCUAUUACAGAACGUCACAGGCAAUUCAGCCAACAGCGCAAGCUCUACACCCGCCUCAUCAUCCACACACAAAAUGACCGCCGCGCAAAUUGCCGCCGAACGACGACGCAUCUAUGUCUGCGAAUAUCCAAACUGUGGCAAAAAUUACUUCAAAUCCAGCCACUUGAAGGCACAUCAGCGCGUGCACACCGGCGAGCGGCCGUUCAUCUGCAAGUGGGAAAAUUGCGAUAAGCGCUUUUCGCGCUCCGACGAAUUGUCGCGUCACAAGCGCACACACACCGGCGAGAAAAAGUUCGUGUGCAGCGUGUGCCAGAAGAAGUUUAUGCGCAGCGAUCACUUAUCGAAGCACGUCAAGCGUCAUGGCAAGGACAAGGCGAAUGGUGUGAAUCGUAAUGUGGCAGCGGCAACCAUGGCCGCAGCAGUAGCGUCAGCAGCCGCGGCAGCAGCUGCAAGCGGACCACAGCAAUCAGUCGCUAACAGUGUUGCAGUGCACAACAAUAAUAUAACACAUUUGCGUGCCAUUGCGCCAGCGAGUAGCGCGCCAGUGACGGCGAAGCACGCGCCAGUUGCCGCAACAGCAACACCCGCUGGACUACAACUGCAAAUCUGCAAUGCAGGCGACUUGUUGCGUUUACAGCAAGUCGGCGCAUUGCCAGCGACAUUUGCCACACUCAUUGCCGAUCAACAGCAGUUGCAGGCACAGCAGCAGCGCUAAAGCGGCGAAAAAGCAGCAAAAAGAAGAAGAAGAAAACCCUGUAGUGCAAAUAGCCGGAAAUUGGGAAUUUACAGAUAUGCGUCCAUCAUUCCAAGAACAAGCAAAGAAAAAAUAUUGAAAAAAUACAGUAAUUUUUCAGUCAACUGAAAAGAUAAUACGUGGAUUAGCGUUUAAGCAUCUCUCCUUACAAACACACCUGCAACAUUUGUAAACGCAUCAUACCCCUUGUGUUUCUUCGCUCUCCAAUUAGAAAUUUUAAAUUAUAUUUUAGAUUUUCAUGCACUUAAAAUAAUUUAUAUACAUAGAAUUUCAAUUAUCAUCUACCAUUACUUUUUAUUUAUGAAAAGUAGAAAUUAUGUAUAAAGGAGAAGUGAAGAAUUCCUUAGAAGCAUUGAACCAUUAGAUGUAGUAUACAUUUAGGCGUAUGUUAUUAGCAGCUAGAGUAUUAAAUCUCAUAGCGACCUU